AUGGAAAACAUCAUCCACAUGGACGAGAAGUGGUUCAACACCACAUCAAAGUACAAGAAGUAUUAUAUGCUUCCAGGAGAGAACGACCCACAUAGGACCGUGCAAAAUAAGAAUCAUAUUGGCAAAGUUAUGUUCUUGUCAGCAGUAGGAAAACCUAUGUAUGAUGAUGAAGGUAACAUCUUUGAUGGGAAGAUAGGAGUGUGGCCAUUUGUUAGAAAGGAACAAGCCAAAAGAAGAAGGGGGAGAGGGACUCAAGUAACCAAGCCUAUUAAGUCCUUAACCUAUGAAAGGAUCUCUAGGAACUUGGAUGAGCUGAUUCAAAAUGUCCAAAAUGAGUUUGAUAACUAUGAUCCGGAUACUUUGAACAGGGUAUUCCUAACACUACAAGGGUGUUUGGUUGAGGUGAUGAAAGAUGGAGGAAACAAAUACAAAAUUCCUCACAUCGACAAAGACAGGCUGCAGGCGUGA